UAUGGUGUGAGGUGGGUGGGGCGCCGGUGGCGCCCGCCGGUGAGUGGGUCCCGCAGCUUUGGUGGCUUGGCGGCUCGGGCCUCUCUCUGUGGAGUCUGCGGCAGGCCAGGCUUCCUGGAGCGGCUUGGGAAGGCGUCCGAGCCGGCCCUUAGCCUCCGCGCUCUCGGUCUAGGGGUCGCUGCGGCUGGACUGGGUCAGCGCCACGCUUGACGCCGCUGAUUCCGGGAAGCCCUCCAGGCUGGGCGCUCCGGGACGGUCUCCUUCCUCCUCGGAGUUGUAGCCAUCCUCUGAAGCUUGGCUCGGGCCUCACCGCCUAGAUAAAAGCCAUGUCACCUCCUGGAAAAGUUCCCCGGAAAGAGAACCUGGGGCUCCAGUGUGAAUGGGGGUCCUGCUCCUUUGUGUGUUCAGCCAUGGAGGAGUUCUUUGAGCAUGUCACUCAGCAUCUGCAGCAGCACAUGCAUGGCUCCAAGGAGGAAGAAGAAGAAGAAGAAGAGGACCCACUCGAGGAAGAAUUCUCCUGCUUGUGGCAGGAGUGUGGCUUUUGCUCUCUGGACAGUUCUGCCGACCUCAUCCGCCACGUCUACUUCCACUGCUACCACACCAAGCUGAAACAGUGGGGGCUGCAGGCCUUGCAAAGCCAAGCCGACCUCAGCCCCUGCAUCCUGGACUUCCAGAGCCGGAACGUCAUCCCUGACAUCCCUGACCACUUCCUGUGUCUGUGGGAACACUGUGAGAGUACCUUCGACAAUCCUGAGUGGUUCUAUCGGCACGUGGAUGCGCACAGCCUGUGCUGUGAAUACCAAGCAGUCAGCAAGGACAACCACGUGGUGCUGUGUGGCUGGAGAGGCUGUACCUGUACCUUCAAGGACCGGUGUAAGCUCCGAGAGCAUCUCCGCAGCCAUACCCAGGAGAAGGUGGUGGCCUGCCCUACCUGUGGGGGCAUGUUUGCCAACAACACCAAGUUCCUAGACCACAUCCGGCGCCAGACCUCCCUGGACCAGCAGCGUUUCCAGUGCUCUCACUGUUCCAAGAGAUUUGCCACAGAGAGGCUGUUGCGGGACCACAUGCGGAAUCAUGUGAAUCACUAUAAAUGCCCUUUGUGUGACAUGACCUGCCCACUGCCUUCCUCCCUCCGAAAUCACAUGCGCUUUCGACACAGUGACGACCGGCCCUUUAAAUGUGAUUGUUGUGACUACAGCUGCAAGAAUCUGAUUGACCUCCGGAAGCACCUGGACACCCACAGCAAGGAGUCAGCCUACAGGUGUGACUUUGAGAACUGCAGCUUCAGUGCCCGCUCCCUCAGCUCCGUCAAGUCCCAUCACCGCAAAGUGCAUGAGGGAGACUCAGAGCCAAGGUACAAAUGUCAUGUCUGUGACAAAUGCUUUACACGUGGCAACAACCUGACUGUGCACCUUCGCAAGAAACACCAGUUCAAGUGGCCCUCAGGACACCCUCGUUUUCGGUACAAGGAGCAUGAAGAUGGGUACAUGCGGCUACAGCUCGUUCGCUAUGAGAGUGUGGAGCUGACACAGCAGCUUCUCCAGCAGCUCCACGAGGGAUCAGACCCAGGAGGGCCACUGAAUGAGAGCAGCCUGCAAGGCAUCGUUCUGGAAACAGUGCUAGGGGGGCCGGGACCUGAGGAAGAGAUGGAAGAGGAAGACAGGGAUGAGGGGACAGCCGUCUCGGCUUCUCAGGACAACCCCAGCUCUGCCAUCCAUAUGGUCAAUCAGACAGACAGCCAAGGCCAGCGAGAAAUUGUCUACUAUGUGCUGUCUGAAGCCCCAGGAGAGCCCCUGCCAGUCCCUGAGCUACCCUUGAGAGAGAUGGAAAAGCUUCAAGGAAUACCUGAGCAGCCAGAGGUUCGGAUGGUAUGAGGCUGGAGAGCCUGACCACUCCUGCAGACCCUGGAGUUUGAGCCAGGCAGGUAGCAGUGCCCCUGAUGGGCAGCCUUUAUUUUUGGAUGCCUUUGAAAGUGGUGCCGGGAACAGUGUGUUCCCCUCUGACUCAGGCAGCAUCAUUCCACAGACUCUGUAAUUCCCUCCCCGCUACUGUUCUUUAUGGGGAACCUGAGGAGUUGGACUCAUUGAGGAAAUCCUACAUGUAUGUUCUCAGUAGAGGAGGAGCUGUUACCAGGGUUAAGCAUACUCCCUUGGCAUGCUAGACAGUGGGUAAAAUGAGUCCACAUCCAUUCCUGUCUUUAGGGGUCCAUUGGCCCAGGGAUGAUGAGUUCCUUAUGGGAGCCAUUUUCUCACUAUAAGUUAAGCAUUGAGAACAGGUUUCAUUUCUCUCAAGGUUUCCUUUACAUUCUGGGGACACUUGUGGUUAUCUUCAGGGACAAGAUUGGAGACACUGUAUAUGUAUGACAGUUGUUUUUUGGUAAUAAAAAACCACUUGGGGUUGUUACUUAUUUCUCAAAUUUGGUGGCAGUUAGCUAGGUAACAGAGAUACAGCUGUCUAGAAGUGGGGCUGAAUAAUUAGGCUUGCCCCUUUAUUGCCCAAGAUGGUUUCUUUAACUGUCGUGUACCCAUUGCGGAGUCUGUCCAUUGCUUCCAGGGCAUCUACCAGCGUUGUGGAAGGUGACCUCAAGUACUUGUCCAUGAGUGAAUACUGGCAGUGUCACAGAAUGGAGAUGAAUGACAGGACUACUCCUCAGUCCUAAUUAGAACUCUGUGCCUCUAGGGUAGCUUGGAGUACUGAGACUGCAAAGGAAUCUGUAGAGGUGGGUUGGGAGGUCACCCAGAGAAUCCCAAGUACUCAAGGGCCAGAAAUCAAGCUAGAAAAUUGUGUCUAAUACGUUUUCCUAAAGAGUGGAUCUAUUUUUCAUUG